GAGACUGUUUUCGCCUUCGAAAGUAGAACAAAAAAUCUUCAAAAUUCUCUCCUCACUGUGGACCCCGGCGACGCUGGCGGGCGGCGCAACCAACGGAGGAGGAGCUGGAGGUGGCGAAGAGGGCCCCAGCACAACGCCCGACCACAACAUCAUUCCGUCCCCAAAGUCCGCCAAGUUCAAGAUCACCGUCGUAAGCACGCCCAGUCCAUCGCCACCGCCGACGCCACCACCUGCGGGCUCCCUACUUGCCCAAAUGGUUGAGACCAACUCCCCGCCGGCGGGCUACACGCUCAAGCGAUCGCCCAGCGAUCUUGGCGAGCAGCAGCAGCCGCCGCGACAGAUCUCCCGAAGCCCUGGUAACUCGGCUGCAUAUCACCUGACCACCGCCAUGCUCCUGAACUCCCAGCAGUGCGGCUACCUUGGCCAACGAUUGCAGUCGGUGCUCCAGCAGCAGCAGCAACAGCAGCACGCCCAUCACCAACACCACCAGCAGAGUCAGAGCCAGACGCCUUCCUCCGAUGAUGGCAGUCAGUCUGGAGUCACCAUUCUCGAGGACGAUAGGAGAGGUGGAGGAGCUGCCUCGGCAGCCGCAGCUUCACUCUUUACCAUCGAUAGCAUCCUGGGUUCUCGGCAGGCCGGAUCUACGGCCAACCCGAGCAGCAACCACAACAACAACAGCAGCAACGGAGGACUGCCCAAUGGACUGACCUCCAAUGGCAUCAGUCUUGGACUGAAGCGCAAUGGAGCCGAGUCCCCCGCCUCGCCCAACUCCAACUCUAGUUCCAGCGCUGCCGCCAGUCCAAUUAGACCGCAGAGGGUUCCUGCCAUGCUGCAGCAUCCCGGCCUGCAUCUGGGUCACCUGGCGGCGGCAGCGGCGAGCGGUUUUGCCGCCUCGCCUUCUGAUUUUCUGGUGGCCUACCCCAACUUCUAUCCCAACUACAUGCACGCGGCUGCCGUGGCCCAUGUGGCCGCCGCUCAGAUGCAGGCGCAUGUUAGCGGAGCAGCAGCCGCCGGAUUGGCGGCGGGCCAUGGCCACCACCCACAUCACCCGCACGCCCAUCCGCACCAUCCGCAUCUAGGAGCGCACCACCACGGACACGGACAACACCAUCAUUUGGGGCAUUUGGGCCAUGGGCCGCCACCAAAGAGGAAGCGUCGCCAUCGCACCAUCUUCACGGAGGAGCAGCUGGAGCAAUUGGAGGCCACCUUCGACAAGACCCACUAUCCGGAUGUGGUGCUCAGGGAGCAGUUGGCUCUGAAAGUGGAUCUCAAAGAGGAGCGCGUGGAGGUGUGGUUCAAGAACCGUCGGGCCAAGUGGCGCAAACAAAAACGCGAAGAGCAGGAGCGCCUCCGGAAAUUGCAGGAGGAGCAAUGCGGUAGCACCACCAACGGCACAACAAGCAACAGCAAUAAUGGCGGCGGGGGCACAGGCACACCCAGCUCCACCGGAAACGGAAACGUAGCCAUCAAGUGCCCGGGCUCUGAACACUAUGCCACACAAUUAGUGCACAUCAAGAGCGAUCCGAAUGGUUAUAGCGAUGCCGACGAGUCCUCCGAUCUGGAAGUGGCCUAAAGAAAAGGGCGUGGCAACUGUAUAUAUAGAGAAAGGAUAGUCAUAAGUUAAGGGCCAAGUUUGAUGAAGUUUCAACCUUUCUAGAUUUAUUUAAAGUCUAAAUUUAGAAAGACCUUUGAUACAAAUUAUUUAUAUUUAUUUAAAAAUGUGCUAAAAUUAUUUAUGUGACUGAAUUAUAACUUUAAAAUUUGUAAACUGAAAUAUAUAAAUAAUUCACUGGCCCUUAGUUCCUUAAGUUUUGUUUUGUAAAUAGCAAGGAGUCGCCUCUUUUUUGUUACUAAGUUUUAAGUUGAGAAAAAAAACCCAAAAAGUAACUGAAUAAAACCUAAAUAUAUUUAGUAAAAUCUGUACAGUCACUAAUUGUAUGUAAAAGUGUAUGUAUGUAUGUAAUGUAAUGUAAGUGUGUGCGAGUCCUAAUUGUUUCGUGUCCUGUGUCCAAGUCCAAAGUUAAUAUUGCAUCUAAAUAAUUAAUUAUAAUUCGUAAUUCAUAAAAAACUAAGUCUAAAAAAAACAUACCAUAGCAAAAAUUAAGUGUAAUAAUUCCUCCAACGAUUAAUUGUAAUGUUAAAACAAAAACAAAGUAACUUAUUGGAAAACAAAACGA